UUAAUCGCUGGACGCAGCUGCACAGAAACUACUGCCUGUCAGUCUGACUGAGGACGCACUUUACUUUCCACAGCAGUCCCGCAGCUCGAUUAACCGAAGGCUCAGGCAGAAAGGCGCACAAGACGGGGCAUGAUGGUGCGGGCCAAGCUGAGGGUGUAGCCACAUCUGGCAGAGACCGCUGAACUAAGCAGGCGCCUCCGUACACCAGACCAUCUACUGCAGCUGGGAAGAUGGGAGAGACAGAGGAGGAGAGGGACAAUGUAGGGAAGCUGUUUGAGAACUUCAUCCAGGCCUCGACCUGCAAAGGAGCCCUUCAGGCCUUUAACGUCCUCUGCAGAUGCCAGAACCUCGACCCCGCAGAGCACAGCACCUUCUACAACAGUCUGAAGGCAAAGGUUACUUCCUGGAAAGCAAAAGCGCUUUGGAGUAAGCUCGACAAGAGGAUGUCCCAUAAGGAGUACAGAAAAGGCCAAGCCUGUGCGGGCACUAAGUGCCUCAUCAUCGGAGGAGGUCCCUGCGGCCUGCGGACUGCCAUUGAACUUGCCCUACUGGGUGCUAAAGUGGUGGUGAUUGAAAAGAGGGACUCUUUUUCCAGGAACAACGUGCUCCAUCUUUGGCCCUAUACCAUUCAUGACCUGCGGGGACUGGGGGCCAAAAAGUUCUAUGGAAAAUUCUGUGCCGGAGCCAUCGACCACAUCAGCAUUCAGCAGCUGCAGUUGAUCCUGCUGAAGGUUGCCCUGAUUGUUGCCGUGGAGUUUCACAUCAAUGUGGAGUUUGUCAACCUGUUGGAACCUCAGGAAAAUGAAGGGGUUGGGUGGAGGGCUGCAAUCCAACCUGCUGAUCACCCCGUGGCUAACUUUGAGUUUGAUGUGGUGGUGGGAGCUGACGGACGCAGAAAUACCCUGGAAGGUUUCAAAAGGAAGGAGUUCAGGGGUAAACUGGCAAUCGCCAUCACAGCCAACUUCAUCAACAGGAACACCACCGCAGAGGCCAAAGUAGAAGAGAUCAGUGGAGUGGCUUUCAUCUUCAACCAGAAGUUCUUUCUUGACCUCAAAGAAGAGACAGGUAUUGAUCUGGAGAACAUUGUGUACUACAAGGACAACACACAUUACUUUGUCAUGACUGCCAAGAAACAAAGCCUGCUGGACAAGGGAGUCGUCAUCAACGAUUACUCAGACACAGAGAUGCUGCUGAGUGGUGAAAACGUCAACCAGGAAGCUCUUUUGUGCUACGCCCGAGAGGCUGCUGACUUUGGCACAAACUACCAACUUCCCACACUGGACUUUGCCAUGAACCAUUGCGGGCAGCCAGAUGUAGCAAUGUUUGACUUCACUAACAUGUACGCCUCUGAGAACGCUGCUCUGGUCAGGGAGAGAUUUGGACACCAGUUGCUCGUAGCACUGGUUGGCGACAGUCUGCUUGAGCCCUUCUGGCCAAUGGGAACAGGCUGCGCCAGAGGCUUCCUGGCUGCCUUCGACACGGCCUGGAUGGUAAAGAGCUGGGCGCAGGGUCAGCCAGUCCUCGAAGUGCUGGCAGAGAGGGAGAGCAUUUACCGACUACUACCACAGACAACCCCUGAAAACAUUGCCAAAAACUUUGAGCAGUACACCCUAGACCCAGCAACUCGAUACCCCAACCUCAACUCUACCUGCAUCAGGCCUCACCAGGUGCGUCAUUUGUACAUUAGCGGACAGCUUAACCCCUGCUCUCUCGAGCGUGCCGCUACCAUACGACGGCCUGUCAAUCUCUCCAGACGUGACUCAGAGGUCAGACCAGCGAGGCUUCUCACUUGGUGCCAGAAGCAGACGGAGGGCUACAGGAAUGUGAUAAUCACAGACCUGGCGUCUUCUUGGAAAAAUGGUAUCGCCCUCUGUGCCCUCAUCCACAGAUUCAAGCCUCAGCUGAUAGAUUUUGACUCAUUAAACGACGAGGACCACGUUGCAAACCUCCAGCUGGCAUUUGACAUCAGUGAGCGGGAAUUUGGGAUUCGUCCAUUCACAUCUGCGAAGGAGCUGAGUAAAGAGGAGGAGCUGGAUAAAACCAAGAUGAUCAACUACCUGUCCAAGUUCUACGAGCUCUUCCGCGGAACGCCUCUACCUGCAUCAGGUUCCAGAGGAGUGGAUGAAAACAAUGAAGAUUAUCCGUCGAAGGAAGUCAAAAGUAAUAAUAAUGUGCUCAAUUUUGCACUGACCAGGAAACGGGUGCCAAAGGAAGAGAAGAAGCUAGACGGUACAGACCCCAUUUACAAAAGAAGGCGGAAGUUCUAUUUGGAGGAGGCCACUAACUUGGCCAGUAAUGGCUCCACAGUUCGAGACAGGCCGGAUCCAAAGGAAAAUAAAGUGCGCUCUAUGGCUACGCAGCUGUUGGCCAAGUUUGAAAAUAAACCGAACUACACCAUCCGCAAAACACAGUCAGACUUGGAGGAGUCCUCAUUCCUCCGUACUCUCGACCUCACUGACGGUCUGCCAGUUAAACUCAGACCUCCGGUCCCACCCAAACCUUCUCCUGUGACACAGUUUGGAGUCAGUAUCAGAAAAGCAGCACAACAGUUAGUCCGCCUGCCUCCAAAGACUCUGCCCAAACCCCAGCUUCAGCCCCCACAUCCAUUUUCUGUAGUAAAGCUCAGACAUGUCGAUCUAGCGCAUGCUGAGACGAAGCCUCAGCUGGAGGGUGCAGAGCCCCCUGUUUCUCCUUCCUCCUGUCAGUCAGCAGUCCAUUUCAUGACAAGAGUCCUCCAUCGUCUCAAGGAGGUGGACGAACACAUCUCUGAGAAAAAAGCUCAGACACAACAGGUUAGAGAGUUUCAUGCAAAGAGUAUAAAGGAAAAAGCCGUCCACCUUAGCGGGUUGUUCCCAGGAAACGGUUCUGAUGUACUUAAGGGCGGCUCAGUGCGAAGGGCGUUUCCCCCGUCGGGUGACAAGUGUCACUCGUGUCAGAAGCGUGUUUAUAUGGUGGAGAGGAUCUGCACCGAGGGGCUUUACUUCCACAGGGAGUGUUUCCGCUGUUCGACCUGCAGCUCUGUUCUUCGACAGGGAGCGCAUGCUUUCCACUCUGAAGAGGGGAAACUCUACUGCAAACUGCAUUUUGAUCAGCGGAACAAUGGGACGAGCAUACGGAGGACUUUCUCUCUACCCUCAGUGAGACCUAAUCGUGAUAGCAUUCAGGAGCACCGUCCUACUGAUGAAGAUAUCACCCCCUCCAGCAGUCCGGCAGACCUGCAGAGUGAACCCGCAGCAGCGGACGCCUUUUAUGAAGCCUGUGAGACAAUCGGGUGGUUAGGAGAAAUGACUUUUUAAAGGUGAUCACCUGCAUGGUUGCAUCAAUGUGAGGCUGUAGAUGCUGAUAUCACAUAUCAGCGGUUUUAGUGCUGAAAUAAUAUUUUCUUUGAAGUGACACUAAGUUUAAGCUAAGCUAAGAUCAGGACUAAUCAACAGUUUUGGGAAUGAACUAGUACUAAUUCAGCAUGGUUUGAGACCUCUGCAAAGAAGCAAAGAGCAAAUAAGUUCAUGUAACUUUUUUUUAUUCCGAUCUCACCACAAGGUCUUAGUCUUUUUUGGAGUGUUUUCUUCUUCUUCUCAUGGAUACCUUAGUCGUUCAAAUAAACUACUGCUUUCAAGGUGAAGAGUAACAUUUCCAACUCAAAUUUAAUCUAAACAUGAGGGAAAAAAGUGUUGCUUUUGUUGCUCCAGAAUAGCUUCUGUACAUAUUGAACCUUGAGGUGAGAUUAAAUGUUUCUAAAGUCAACAUUUAACAGUGCACCCUUUUUUUGGAAUUAUGUUUCAUUGAGCUGAUGUUGUAUUUUAAAGGCGAGCUUCCAUCAGCGUCUCCUUACAGGAGUUGGGGAGUGUGAAAAAUAUCCCUUCCAGCUCCAGACCGGCAAGAGUUGUCACUUGAAUGAGUAUCAAUUAAAUCAAAAGAUGUAUUUGAUUUAAAAAAAAAAAAUGUGAGUGAGGAUUUAAAGAGAAGUACUCUGGGAAGACCUCUUCAGCCUGUUCUUCCCGUCUCCGCUGGAGAUGGGCAGCUCAAUGCUACGUUAUCCACCACUUGCGCGACAUACCUGAAGUGCAAGCAACACAAGCAUCCAAACUGACCGUGAUUCCUCCUCUGUGGAAGAAAGGGAAAAGCACACAGCUGACUCAUGUGUUUAUGCAGUUACUGUAGAAUGAGUCCAUGAGAGCUACACCUAAAAUUUGGCAGUGGCGGCCGGAAGGUGAGGCUUCAAAAACCUCCAGCUCCAGAUGGCAUCACAUCAGACUGGUAAUAAAGGCAUUAUUCUCGAAGCCUUUCCAUGAUGAUCUGACAACAGGGGCAAAGAACUACGAUCUGUUUUCAAACCAACAUAUUUAACGUUUGAGAGAAAUGUUGUUCAUUUAACUAAUAAUAAUCAUAUCCCUUACUCCUAGUCCUACUGUGGUAUAGGCACAGAUAAGCAACUGACGUUCUAAUCCACCAUGGUGGAUGAGCCAGAGUCAUGCAUAUUAGUCUCAUCAGUAAUUUUGGUUUGUGAUGUUUAGUAAAGAAUAAGAAUUUUUUUAAAAUCCCUUUGAGGUCUACAUCUUAAGUCUCAGGCAACAAACUAACAAAUUUUCUCAAUAAGUGAUAUCUUUCCCUUUACAUGUCUCUUUGCUGGUUGGCCUCUAAAAGCUUGUUUUAGGAUGAUAAUGAUGGAUGAGGCACAUUUUCUUAUUAUUGUCAGUACACGGUAAUGCCUGUUAAAGAGAGAUUCUCUUGUUCAGUUCAUGAGAUUUAGAAGCAGACUUCUUUUCUUUGAUUUAUUAGUGCCGAUAUGACAAACACAACACUAUACGCUGAAAAAACGGCUGUUAAAUUAAUGCUAUUUUUCUUUCUUGUUCCCAGCUUUUUCAUGCAUGCAUAAAAGUGUACAAAGAUCUCUUAGAUAUGUCUUAGUUUUUCUCUACUCAAAAUCAGUUGAACUUGCAGACUAUAAAGAACAGCCGGGCAUGUGCAGAUUUCUUUUUAAAAGUCUGUUUUCUUUGACAGAAGAAAGCCAUCACCUCAUCCACUCAUCAGUAAAAAGGGACUUCAAGUUUUAUUGCUGGGCAAGUCUAUCAGUAAUGGGUUUUGUUGUUGUUGUUGUUUUAAAAUAAUUUUUUUAUAAUUGUUUGAUUUUGCAUCACUGUUUCAGGUUCUAUUGCAGAGUAAAUACACAGUAGUGACUGCUAACUUUUGAUAUGAUGAAUGUUUUUCUACCUUGAUGGUCACAUACAGUCAGUAUGGUGUACACUUUGUUUUGCUGGGAAACUUUGGGUCCCUAGACUCACAUCAGCCACCUAAACUUUGUUGCAAGCCAGUCAAAUACAUAGUGCCUCCAAAUUUCCCAAAUACUAAUCAGACUGUGCUGCAGGAUGCACAAGAGCAAGCAGGAUCCAAAGAGGAGCCAUUCUACAACCCACAGGACAUGAAUGUGCUACAUCCUGGUGCCAGACAUCCUGUAUCCAUGUCAUAAUGGGCCAGAGUGAUUCUGACAGCACGACUUCUAAUAUCAGGCAUUAUCUUUUCAGUCCAACAAAAGAACAUUAAACAAACUAAAAAUAAAGCAAUUAAAGCUGCUAUAAAUAUAUAUAUACAUGGCAAAAUUAAGUCUGACCUAUUACACCGUUCCCUAUUUUUUGUCAUAUAGAUUCUGAGCACUCACACAAUGCUCAUAUUAAACAAGUCCACCACUGCCUCUGUAUCUGAUAUCAUAAAUAUGUUUAUUAACUCAUCUCUGUCUGUGAGCACAGCAGCCUCAGCCACCUGCUGUUCACACCUUCUGUUUGAAAUGGGCAGCCAAGAUCCAGUGUAAAACACAUAUUUGAACUGUGAAUCGUGUUUGCAAAGAACCACCGGUAGACAUAAUUCAAAGGAGGGUGCUGGAAAUGAGCGUAACAUGUCACCUUUAAAGAAGCCUGUUGCAUUUCAGUGAAUAUUCAUGAAUAUUCUCAGAAAUGUAGAAUUUUUUUUGUACUAACCUCUGCCUUUCUUGAAUAACUUGAAUUACAUCUGGUUUUUGAUGUACACAAUACAUUCUGUCUCUUCAUUAAUCAAUCUCGAAAGCAAAGUGCUCUCUCAUGUCUCUGAAAACUGUAGGUCUCAGAGGUUAAGCUGCCAUUGACUGCUCAGCGAAAAAUGAAAAAAAGAUGCUUGCAAAAAGUAGAUAAGUGAACUAAAAAGUCCUUGGCUUUAAAAAGUGUGUUCAUCUUUUCAGAUGAAGACCGUGUCAUUUAAAAAAUACACAGCAGUGAAGCCAAAAAAUGUUCACUUUAAAAAGAACAAGCGAUGUAUGCAAUCUUAAAAACAGCU